GGCCGUCAGCGGCUCAACGGUAGCUAGCAUGUGCGGAGGCUAUGCAAUGGGAAGGUGAGACCACCGAGGAUUACCAACGUAAUCAUGAUUGAACUGACCUGAUCGGUGUUGAUUUAUUCAGUGAAAAUGACUGGUAGAGGCCAGCACUAUGGCUUCCAGUCGGCCACCGGGGUUCAACCUGCCAACGGAGGUCACGCCUACCUGUUUGGGACCGCCGGUUCCGAGAACGAGCUGUCCGAGGAGGAUGGGGAGAGCUAUGAGCUGCGGCCGCGUGGGAAGGAGAGGAACCGCAGGAGCACCUCCAGGGAGAGGAUGGACGACAUUAUCUACCUGACCAGAGAGAUUCAGGAGGGCGACACACUGAACAGCAUUGCCUUGCAGUACCAUUGCUCAGUGGCCGAUUUAAAGCGCUCAAACAACCUCCUGACAGAGCAGGACUUCUUCGCCCUGCGCUCAGUGAAGAUCCCGGUCAAGCGCUUCAGCGUGCUGACUGAAACUCACAACACCGGACCUCUCAAACCUUCCUCUACCGCUGAAUCCCGACACCCGAUCCAGAUCUCGGCUGUCACAGCCCUCCCCAUCGAGUCGUCCACGGACUCGUCCUCUUCUACGGACAGCGUGGAAGGCUUCCUUAUGGAGAAGGACAAGGACAUUGAGCGACUGGUGAAAUCCACAGGGCCGUCCAGGAGCAGCCUCAACGAAGUUGUGUCCUCCUUAACGCUCCAGCCAAACCAGCUGGGAAAUGUGGAGUACAAACCGGUGGAGAAAAAGGACCCUUAUUACGGAGCGGACUGGGGCAUGAGAUGGUGGACUGCGGUGGUCAUCAUGUUGGUGGUUGGCAUAAUCACGCCUGUAUUCUACCUGCUAUACUAUGAAGUCCUCAUGAAGGCUGAAGUUAGCCAUCACGGGACACCUGCAGACGUUCGUGGCCACGUGCUUCAUGCACAUGACCAUGGCCACGGUCCUCUAGAAAACAGUCACGCUGGAGCUGGGCCCUCACGACAUGCUGGAGAUGUGCCUCACAAAGCCCCACAAGGGCUCAAAGUGGACAGUGCACAACAUGGGAAAAGACAUGAUAAAAGUAUUGUUUAAAUAAUGACAUGAUUUGUCAAUGCAAUCUUCAGAGGGAAAGUCACUUUAUAAGUGGGAGCACACCAUUUACACAUUUCUGUUGAUUUAACUGACCCGGACUUAUAUAUUUCCUCUCAUCCAUGCUGCUGCCUUCCAGUGAAGCCACACACACAUUUUGUUGUUUCAAAUGUGCACAACAAUGCAUUUCCAGGGCAUUGAUGAGCCUGUAGCCCCCAACAAAAAGUUUGUGCUUUUUGAUUAUAAAAGGGACUGUUUUUUUUCACAAUUUAAAGCAGUGUCUUAAUGUGUGUGACGUGCUUUUGUCAAAAUACCAGGGAUCAAGAAUUAUAGGUCACUCUUCAUACCCUAUUUCUUGCUGAAAUUAGCCUGUUUGGAGAGGGUGGUCCUGUCUCAUGCAAAUGAACACCCCCAUAUACAACUGGGCCAAUGGUGAGCACGGCGACUAGCUUGGCUUCGACUUAUGGUAGCUCCAUGAGUAACUAUAAAGACCAUAAAAGCAUUUUCAGAGAGGGAAAUCUUCAUACUGUGUGUGGCACAUGGACACCUCCAAACACAAGUUUCUAUAAUAUGUCAUCUUUAAAGUCAUUGUACUGUAUUUGGUCCAUGCUGCAUUUUCCAUUUGUUGGAAAAGAUGAUUGUGCACAUUGUUUAAUUUACAUUGAAUUAAUAUAUUUCAGGAGCCAUUCUACACUUAUUAGUAUUGAAAGUUUUGAAUUACCUUGGAUGUCUUUACUUUCAGAUGGCCAAGAGAGUACUGCAUUAAAAAAAAAAAAAAAAUUCUAGUUGCGCAGACUUCCAACAUAAUGAGGACUGGUUUUUUUUUAUUUGCGAAAGCCCAUUUACGUCACCACUUGUGUAGAUUAUGGAAAAGCAUUCCGUUGACAGUAUGUGCCUUUCAAACUGUAAAUGUGCUUACAGGCUGGGGAAUAAAAUCUAUUUUCAAAUAUUGCCAGCGUGCAUACA